AUGAAUAACGAAGGCACACCUGCCACAACCAUAGCACCCACAUUAGAUUUACAAGCACUGCUUGCUACCAUGCCAGAUUUCUCUAAAAUGUCAUCAUUCUCUAAUAUGCCAAAGAGUAACUCGAGCGCGGAUAUUCCGACGUCGCAGCAGCAGCAGUCGUUGUUGUUUCCGUCAAUUCCAAGCGAUCAGCUUGCUGCCCUUUCUCUGGGCAUAUUCCCACUUCAUGGAUUUCCUAUGUUCCCCCUACUGCCAAUGACUCCCAUGACAUCCACACUUCCUCCUCAUUCCACAAUUGAAAGCCUGGGAUUGAUGACAAGCAAUAAUUUACGUCAAACCACAUCAACAGCUAUGGGUCCCCCAGCGCUCGAUUCACGACCGAGAGCAUUCUCAAGCGCUGCUGCACUCCAGCGACCUAAGCCUGCAGUCACACCUGAACGAAGGCGUAAACGGUCACGAAAAGCACAGGAGGAGGAACAGUCAAGUGUGUUGAGGAUGCUCGUUGACGAGGAGGACGACGCUCCAAUCAAACUCCGCCAGCCGCCGUCAACAAAAGACCUCGACGAGAAGCUGCGGAAGGACGCUGCUAAAGUGCUGAGCGCAAGCAGUCCGUCGCCACCGGCGGCUAAACGAGCUUCACCGGAACGACUGGCAGAUCUGAUCGAGGAACCAGCGAUCGCCCUCAGGCGAAUCAUCCGCGACGAGGAUCUGCCCGACUCGAUUGGGCCCGACUCGCCAUUCCGUCAUCAUCCCAAAUAUCAGCGUAAGCCAUCGGAUUCUGAGAUGAUGGACGGUAUGGAUGCAUUGAUGGCAUUCUCCAGCAUGACCGGUUAUGCAGCGGAAUCGUCUGAACCCACACCGUCACCAAAGACUUCUAACGACUCUACUGGUGGCGGCUAUACCAACGCGGGUUCACCAAAGAAAUCAUUUGCCGAGAUGAUGGAGCAUGCCAUCUGUCGUGAGCUUGUCACGGCCGAAUAG